AUGUCGACUAAAAAGAGACCUAGGAAGACAGUAAAGAAAACUGUAUCGUUUUCUGACGAUACAACUUUGACUACGCAUCAAAAUCAUGAGAAAAAGAAUAUAGAUCACGAUCGUCCGCCUGUAUAUGUAAGAAAGACACCUCUAAUGACUUUUCCAUAUCACUUGAUACUACUGCUCUAUUACUAUGUUUUUAUUUCUUCUGACUACAAUACAGUGAAGCUUUUAAGCCUUUUAAUACCUGCACAAAUUGGAUAUCUAAUUUUCCAAUUCAAUAAAUGUACGGUUUAUGGUAAUAAAAUUAUCAAAAUUAGCUAUUCAUUGUCUUUGAUUUGCCUGGGUGCCACAUUUCUGUUGAGUUUUCCUGCAAUGUUAUUAACCGUUCUAUUUGGUGCACCAUUGAUGGAUUUAUUGUGGGAAACUUGGUUAUUGUCGUUGCAUUUUGCUUUCUUAGCAUAUCCUGCAGUUUAUUCAGUGUUCAAUUGUGACUUUAAGGUGGGCUUAUGGAAGAAGUAUUUCAUAUUUAUUGUUGUAGGUGGUUGGAUUAGUUGUAUCGUAAUUCCUUUGGAUUGGGAUAGAGACUGGCAGAAUUGGCCAACCCCGAUUGUUAUUGGAGGGUAUUUAGGUGCUUUAGUCGGCUAUACUAUUGGUGCUUACAUAUAA